AUGCUGGAGAAUGGAUCUCUGAGGAACUGCUGCGACCCGGGCGGGCGGGGUCACUUCGGCUCGGCGGAGCGGGAGGCGGCGGCUGGAGGCGCCCCGCGGCCCGCCUGGGUGGUGACGGCUCUCUCCAGCGUGCUGAUCUUCACCACCGUGGUGGAUAUUUUAGGCAACCUGCUGGUCAUCGUGUCCGUCUUCAAGAACCGCAAGCUCAGGAACUCAGGUAAUGCAUUUGUGGUGAGCCUGGCUUUGGCUGAUCUUGUGGUGGCCUUGUAUCCAUACCCACUGGUGCUCUUAGCUAUCUUCCACAAUGGAUGGACUUUGGGUGAAAUGCACUGUAAAGUGAGUGGCUUUGUGAUGGGACUAAGUGUAAUAGGCUCUAUUUUCAACAUCACUGCAAUUGCAAUUAAUCGAUAUUGCUAUAUAUGUCAUAGCUUUGCCUAUGACAAAGUGUAUAGCUGUUGGAACACAAUGCUCUAUGUCUCCUUAAUCUGGGUAUUAACAGUAAUUGCAACUGUGCCCAAUUUUUUUGUCGGCUCCUUGAAGUAUGAUCCACGCAUCUAUUCAUGCACAUUUGUUCAGACUGCAAGCUCCUACUAUACAAUUGCAGUUGUGGUAAUUCAUUUCAUUGUCCCUAUCACUGUUGUGAGCUUCUGCUACCUUCGAAUUUGGGUCUUAGUGCUUCAAGUUAGAAGACGAGUCAAGUCAGAAACAAAGCCAAGACUGAAACCAAGUGACUUCAGAAAUUUUCUUACCAUGUUUGUGGUUUUUGUGAUUUUUGCCUUUUGCUGGGCGCCUCUGAACUUCAUAGGAUUGGCUGUAGCUAUCAAUCCUUCAGAAAUGGCACCGAAAGUUCCUGAAUGGUUAUUCAUUGUAAGCUACUUCAUGGCCUAUUUCAACAGCUGCCUUAAUGCAAUAAUAUAUGGACUUCUUAACCAGAAUUUUCGGAAUGAAUACAAACGUAUUUUAAUGUCACUGUGGAUGCCAAGGCUUUUCUUCCAGGACACAUCCAAAGGAGGAACUGAUGGACAGAAAAGCAAGCCCUCUCCUGCUUUAAACAACAAUGACCAAAUAAAAACUGAUACCUUGUAA